AAGGUACGAAGGUACGCGACGUGACUCGCCAGUCGACGAACCAGCCCCGGUUUCGAACUUGCUGCAUAGGCAUCCAUACAAGUACGAACGUUCACCGCAGAAGUCUCGACUUUAGAGUAACUUAUUUCACGACGUGAGGAGGAGCCAGUCAUAGGCCCGAAGACCUCGUUCACAGCACGAGUCGAAGUGCACGUGUCUAAUAAAUGCACCACGUAUAUUUGCAACGUUGCACACUAACUGUGGUCAUACUCUUUAUGAAUGUGAUGCAGGUGCUGGGACUUUCAAGCUCGCUCAGGCUGACUAGCUCGCAAACAAUCGAUUUCACAAUUAUUCUCGUCUCUGCUCUUGCACCACUCAGGACUGACUACUACAAAACACUCGCGGUCGACCGCGGGGCCUCAGAUAUUCAGAUUAAGAGGGCAUAUAGAAAAUUGGCGCUGAAGUAUCAUCCAGACAAGAAUAAAGGCGAUCAGAAGGCGGCUGGGAACUUUGCUGAGAUCAGCAACGCCUACGAAGUCCUAUCGAACAAAGAGAAACGAAGAGUAUAUGACCAGUAUGGAGAGGAUGGUGUGAGACAACAUGAUACGCGUAGUGGACAGGGGCGCCACCAGCAUGAUAUCUUCUCUCAAUUUUUUGGCAAUAAUUUCGGUUUUGACAAUGAAGAGGCAGACAUACGCCACGGUGAUGACGUGGUACUUGACCUUGAGUUAAGUCUCGAGGAUCUGUACACCGGUUGCAGUCUCAAGGUUGGACGUGAUAAAGGUGUGCAUAAACCUGCCAAAGGGAAGCGUAAAUGCCGUUGUAUGCAGCGGAUGGUAACACGACAGGUUGCCCCCGGCAUGUUUCAACAGUAUGCCAAGGAGGAAUGUGAAGAAUGCGACAACAUCAAGAUAGUUCGUGGUUUUGAAAUCAUCACGAUUGACAUCGAAGCUGGUACUCCAGAUGGGCAUGAAAUAACUCUUUAUGAUGAUGGCGAGACUCUCGUGGACGGUGACUCUGGUGAACUUCGCGUGCGAAUCAGAUCUGCUAACAACACCAAGCGUAAGAGGUUUGGUAACGAUCUCCACAUAUUAUAUGAAAUUGAUCUUGCGGAAGCGCUUGCCGGCUUUACCCACGAAUUUAUUCAUUUUGACGGUCAUAUCAUAGAGCUUCAGAAUACAGAGGUGACUAUGCCUGGUCAAAUAUUAUCUAUCCCGUCCGAGGGUUUUCCUAUUUAUGAUGUUCCGAAUUCACGUGGUGAUCUUGUCAUCACCUUUCAGGUUAUUUUCCCAGAAAUUCUUAGCCUUAGUCAAAAGGUGAAGGUGAAAGAUAUACUGAAGAAGUAGUAAAGUGAAUCUUGACACAAGUUUUCAAGUUU